AAACAAGUUUGUGUGUUAACGUGCAUGAAAAUCACCAUUUCCUUUUUUUUUCUUUUUUUUUUCAAAUGUGCCGCUCAGUGCGUCAUGACGCACACACACCCUGCGACAGUGCGUCGGUGCGUCAGCAGCAGCACCAGCAGCAGCAGUUGCAGUGCUCCUCUGACGCCUAUGCGCGGCGCUGUUCUCUGUUGUGUUUCGUUAUGGUGCCGCUGCUGGCCGCAGAUGCGGCGAUACCCUUGCGUGUGAACGCGUCGUGGGGCGCUCGGUCAGCGGCUGCGGGGACGCUGCGCCUCCGGUGACUGAUUAUUAUUAUUAUUAUCAUUAUUAUUAUUGUUGUUAUUAAUAUUAUGAGGAAGAGGAGGAGGAGCGACCGUCGUCAGGAGGAAGGACGCGCGUCUGUGUCUCUGUCUCUGUGUGUCUGUCCAUCAACGGCCCGUGGAUCGUGGUUUGAGGCUGGAUUUGAAGAUCACAGCAGGGAAGGAAGGAUGUGAUGAAAAGGUUUGAUGAUGAAAGGAAGAAGAGGAGCAGAGAGUAGGAGGAUUGAGAGCUCAUUUUAAUCUGGCACCGUUUACAAUCAGUACAUAUCUACAGUAGAAUGCAGUAAACCACCUGGAUUAUCACUGUAUGGUGAUCAUGGCGUACUGCGGCCGCUCUCUGGACUCCCCGUGCACUCUGGCCUUGCUGGUCGGCUUCCAGUUCGCCUUUGUCCUCUACUUCUCCCUUGGGGGCUUCAGAGGACUGGUGUCCGUGUUGGUGCACACCACGCAGCCGGAGUUCGAUUACUCUCGACCGCACGACGUCUACACCAACCUCAGUCACCUGGGAGCGCCGCCCCCGCCGCCUCGCAACUCUGGCACGGGACCUCCUGCCACGGUGCCACCGCUGAGAGACUGCCAGAUCCCAUCACCACUGCUGGUUGGACCCGUGUCCGUCCAUCUCGCCGCACCUCUGUCUCUGGACGAGAUCAGACAGAGGAAUCCGUUAGUGUUGCCAGGCGGACGCUACCGGCCGCCUGACUGCGAGUCCCGCCACCACACGGCCAUAGUGGUGCCAUACAGGAACCGGCUUACCCACCUCCGUGCUCUGCUCUACCACCUGCACCCGUUCCUGCAGAGGCAGCAGAUCCACUACAGCAUCUACAUUGUGCAGCAGUGGGGGAACGGCACUUUUAACCGGGCCAAGCUGCUCAACGUCGGCGUGCGCGAGGCCCUGCGAGACGAAGACUGGAGCUGCAUCUUCCUGCACGACGUGGACCUGUUGCCCGAGAACGACCACAACACCUACACCUGCCACAAGCAGUUCCCCACACACCUGUCUGUGGCCAUGGACAAGUUCAGAUACAGGUUGCCGUACUCGCAGUACUUUGGUGGGGUUUCUGCACUGACGCCAGACCAGUACAUGAAGAUGAAUGGCUUCCCAAACCAGUACUGGGGCUGGGGCGGAGAGGACGACGACAUCGCUGCCCGAGUUCGUCUCUCUGGCAUGAAGAUUGUGCGCCCUCCAGUGGCCAUCGGCCAUUACAAGAUGAUCAAGCAUAAAGGAGACCGAGGCAACGAGCAAAAUCCACGCAGGUUUGACCUUCUGAAAAGGACCAGGCUCAACUGGCGCUCUGACGGCCUCAACUCUCUGACCUAUGAGCUGCUUUCCAAAGAGCUGGAGCCUCUCUACACCAACCUCACCGUCAACAUCGGAGAGGAUCCCCGUCUGCCCCCGGGGAAAGUGCCCGUUCCCGUGAAAACGGCGGCACCUGUGCACCAACGUAGCACCAGCAAGAGCGAAGGCGCGGUCAAACAGAGCCAGGAUUCGACGGGGGCCACAGUGGCAGCGGCGAACAUGACUGUGGCCAAGUCAGUCGCUGAGGGGGCGGAGCCUAUGCGGUCAAAAACAAAGAGUGAGACGACACACAAAGAAAGAGGUGUUAAGACAUAGGACGGGGUGACUGCACUGCAACAAAGUAGUUUAGAUCAGCUCUGCCGUGGACUUCAAGUACACCAGCUUUCUGUGCUCCGUGCAGGUAAUUAUGCAAGGGAUCAAACGAAGAGGCCACUUUGGUCCAGGGCUCAAGAACACGACUGAGUCACCACCUGGUUUAUCUUCCACUGAAUGUGACUCUGCUUCUUGGAGAAAGUGAUGGACACGUUUCCACACAGAGGUCCAAAAUAAACUCAAUGAACACGAGACGGCGAAUAUAUUAAAAUCUCUACCCUUUUCCAGACACAUCGCAAGUCGUAUGUACGCAACCCAUCUGCCGCCAGCAGCUUCGCCAAGUCUGCGGCCAAAUUACUGCUACUGCCCCUACGCCACUGUGGGUCUGUGUUUCUGUGCCUUCUCUCUUUGAUGCGCGUUUUAUAGACUGGUAAGAGUCGCUUUCAGAUGUUACCUCUGUCCUCUGAGGUUUAAGCUGAUCCAAGGAAAAGAGCAAAUGGUUUGUUCCAACUUCCAGGACUGCCGUUUUAUAUCGCGUGCACUGACAAAAGCGUUGACCAACUCCAUAGUUACCAGACAAUUCUAAAGUUUUAUAUUUAUAUAGAGACUUAUUUAUUUGUUUGUUGUUUUGUCGUCUGCUUGUCUACAGUCUGGUGCCUCUCUCUCGCUCUACUCUCUUUCUCUUACAUUUAGUUUCUAGACAAUCAAAAGAUCGCCCCCUGGUCCGACCGCAUUAACAAAUUGGAGGAAAAAUCGUGUCACAUAAACAUGGACUCGGCAUGCUAGUUGUCCUAGUUUGACAGUAUUCGUAGAACUGUGCUUCUGAUACCGUCUGUGGUUAUAUAAUUUUUCUUUGAGAUUCAAGAGUUAAGGGGGAAAACUUAAUGUUAGCACUGGAUUAACCAGUGUCACACUGUGGUUUAAUUACAACAAAAGUGUGUAGUUGAAAUAAAGCACUGUGUAUCUUUGUGUAAGUGAGCGCCAGAGGUGAAUCAUGAGCGCAAUUCAAUGACUUGGAGACUACUAUGCCUGUACUGCAGGUAUUACUGGAGUAUUCCACUAGAGGGCCCACUUCAGAGUUGAUAUAGAACUACCAAAAUUAAGUGUGCAAAUUUAAUAAGUAGUCUAAGUAGCUAGUUAACAUUCUGAGUAAAAGAAAUGCUCGAACAAGACGUGUCCGAGGGAGGUGUAGCAUCGUUCUCUGCCUCUUCUUUGGUAGGAAUGCGUCCUAUUCCCUACGUCCCCACAUUUGUACCGCCACCUGAUGGGGUAGUGGGAUACUACAGGACCCUGACACGCAACUAUAUCAGGGUCCAUGUGUGUGGAAGUAUACCACGGGCUUAAUGCUCCCUGUUAUACUUGUGCAGGCCGAAUGUUUCCACCUGAUAUCAAGUUGUAGUUAGCAUUUUGUGGCCCUGGAACAUGCUAACCUGGCUAGCAUGGUUACUAUGCUAAGCAGUCUGAUCGUAAGAUUUUUUGUUAUCUUCUGUUACCGUCUGUUGCGUACUAGCCUUUGCACUGCCCCCUACCUUUCAUUUGAGUAUUACAACUUGCGGACGUGUCAACUUCAUGUCGGAGGAACAGACUCAGGUUUUGUAGAAAAAACAGAAACCCUAUCAGGGUCCAUUGAGAUCCAACGCAUCGGGCAGAGUUCGAACAAAUAUAUCGUGAUUGUAAUUGUGAAGUAUCACAUAUUUGUUAUUUCAUAUCUACUGAAUGUGCGUAUUGUUGGUCAUUUUCACUGCAUGUGUGUGUGUAAACAGAGGAAACAAGUAGUAACUGUGUAUCUGAUGUGUAUCACCAACAGGGUGACAGCUCACUGUAACUGCAUCAGGCAUUCCAACCUUACCAGUACUUUUCGGGUUAGGGUUGGACUUUGUAGUUUUUCAGGGUCAGGUUCAAAGUGUACACAUAUGUAGAGUUAACAGCAAGUGUAUCUCUGGCCUAAUGUGGUAUUAACAAUACUAACACUUUCAGUAAGUAAGGGAGAUGAGACCUGUGUUUAAGACACAAAACCAGAACAUGCAUAAACCUGUAGAUCUUUUUGUGUUCACAGCUAGGGUCGGGUUCUAAACUGGUAGAGGUUUCUGAAAAGUAGCAAAGAAACAACUUAAUCCACACUGUUCAUGUCACGUCUUCAGUUUUUGCACCAGAUUAUAGAGAGUAGGAUCAUUGAGGAUCAGUAUCGUUACCAGUCUUUGAAUCCAAAUCCCUAUUCACAGCUUAAAUAUCGUGUUUCAUCUCUCUGGCAGUCCUUUUUUUUUUUUUUUUUUUUUUUUUUUUUAAGUAAUAACUACGUGGAAUGUAAUAUUUUUCGUGUCCCUCAUGGUUGUUUACCUUUUAUUUAUUUAUUUAUUGAUAGAUGCGGUGCUUGUAUUUAACUUGAAUCUGAACACUGGUUUGUAUAGGUUAUAGGUUUAGGUCUUGCUGCUAAUAGACUUGGGGAAACUGUUCAACAAUGAUGAUGUUGCUUGAAAAAUGA